GAGGUACGAUAAAAAAAUUUUUUUUUUAAAAGGGGGGUGAUGAAGAAAGAAGAAAAUUUUAGAAAAAAUAACAAAAAUAAGACAAGAGAAAAGAGAAAGGAAAGGAAAGACAGAAAGGAAGAUCAUGAUUAAUUUUUUCCGUAUACAUUAUUUUUUUAAAAAAAUGUUCAAAAAUGAAUUGCUUAUUAAAUAUACGGAAUUUGUAUACGGAAUCUAUAGAAACGUACAUAAAAUGUAUACAAAACGUAUCCUUUCCGUGUACAUAUUUCUUAUAGGG